ACCUAGUAAUAAUGCAAUUAUUCCAAAAAUGGGUGACCUGCCUGCUUGUCGAGUGUCAAAAUGCAAACCAUUUGAAAAUUGUGGUGUGGAUUACGCUGGUCCUCUGCGUAUUACUAUGACAAGACGUCGUAAUCCUUGUGUUUUGAAAGCCUACAUUUGUCUGUUUGUGUGUAUGGCAACAAAGGCGGUACAUAUUGAGUUGGUAUCGGAUCUAUCAACGCCCAUGUUUUUAGCUGUGUUUCGUGUGAUGUAUUCCGAUUGUGGUACUAAUUUUGUAGGUGCCAAGGAACAGUUGCGAAAAAUAUCUCAACAUUUGAACUCAUCCGAGUUUCAAACCAAAUUGACUAGUCAACUCGCCGAACACAAAAUUGAUUGGAAAUUCAUUCCCCCUGGUUCACCACACUUUGGAGGUCUGUGGGAGGCAAAUGUCAAAUCUGUAAAGUUUCAUCUGUUCCGAGUAAUUGGCAAUCAACUUCUCACCUAUGAGGAACUGAACACUGUAUUGGUGCAGAUUGAAGGUGUCCUGAAUUCCCGCCCACGGUGUGUACUGAGUGAGGAUCCGUGUGAACCGCUGGCUUUAACCCCAGCGCACUUUUUGACUCUAACACCAUUGAAAUCGUUUCCGAUGCGGGACGUGGACAGUGUCCCUGUGAAUCGUCUCACCAGGUAUGAAUUGAUUGGUCAACUCAUUCAAUCGUUCUGGAACCGAUGGAGAAGAGAAUGCCUGUUUUUCUAUUCUAAUGUGAAAAGUUGUACAAUAGUGAUCAGUUAUAGAAGUCUUUUGAAUUACUCCUAG